AUGUCUCUCCAGAAGACAGCCCGCGGCAAAGCCGGUCCAGCUUCCCUACCCUACGAUGUCUUUCUCAACAUCGUCGACAUCCUCAUCACCGAGGCCGAGGCCUGCACACUCGUCAAGGUGUGGACCCUCUACUACGAUUUCGCCUCCCCUACCAAGCUUGCUGUCUGGGAUGAGCUGCCCCGCCUCCGCCAACGCCCCAACUUGCAAAAUCGCUUCGACCGCAUCCGCCUGCCCUCGCAGAUCAACCAGGCCACACGCGCCAUGGUUCAUCGCAAGUUCAUCCGCGCCCCUUCCCACAAUCACCAGAUGCCCGUCGACGUCUGGAUCCGUCCCGAGAACGACGUCUUCAUCCCCUGCUUUGCCGCCGAUCCGGACUCCUUCCCCAUUGAGGAGGAGGAGUACUUCAGACAGGCCAUGAUGCUUCCGACCCCGCCGGCCGCCGCCCUGAUCCAGUCCAUCCAGCGCGUUGCCACGCCCUCGUCGUGCUUCUGGUCCGAUGACAACGCCUCUAGCGUCGCGGCUCUCUCGACCCUGCCGAAUCUGAAGGACGUCAUCAUGGACGUCAGAAGCUUCCAGCCUCCCUGCCGAGGACGCGACUUGAAGGAGGGUCCUAUGCCCAUCGACUAUGAGAUGUUCCCCGCCCUGGCGAUCUGGAACGUCACCCAUGGGGCUGGGUUCAACGCUGUCUUCCGGCCCUUGAAGAAGAAGGGCGUCCGCGUCUACGGCUUCCGCGGUGAAGUUGAGAGUUUGCUCAUCGAGAUUGUCGGUACCAAGGAUGGCGUCGCCAUGAAGCUGCUCCCUAGCGAGUGGUGCCCGGGCAAGUUUAUGGUUCAGACCUAG